AAGGUGCCGGUGUCGGCACCGGGAGCGUGGCCGCCGCCGCCGCCGCCGCCGCGGCCGUGGGUGGCCGUGACCCCGGGGAACGCCUCCGGCCUCGCCGAGCGGCCUGGCCGCGGCAUGGGCAGCCCGCAGGGAUCUCGCAGGAGCAGAGGGAAUCCAGCCGCUGUGCCGCCUCCGUCCUCCGGCUCCCGCCCAGCCCAGGCCGGCAACUUCAUGGCUUAGCAGCGGCGGCCGGAGCCUGCUGCCCCCGGGAGAGCCAGCGAGGAGGAGCCGCUGCCGGCCGGGGCCAUGAGGACAGCAUCCCCCUGAGCGCCGGGCGGUGAGCCCGCAGGGGCAUCCCUGCAGGAUGCCGAGGCUACGGGGAGGAUGCUGACACCAUGAAGGGCUACCAUGGGGAGCGUAGCCAGACACAGCCCUCCUCCGGCCACCGCUGCCGCUGCAUCCCAGAGGACUGCCAGCAUCCCGCCGACUACAUCCCGCACGGCCCCGAGGGCCGGCCGCCCUACCUGCUCAGCCCCAGCGAGCCGUGUUCCCUGGAGCAUCCCCACUGCCCGGCGCGGAGCCCCGGCGCGGCCAGCGAGUGCCCGGGCGGGCCCCUGAGCGAGCCGCCCUCCGCCAGCGCCAGCAGCACCUUCCCGAGGAUGCACCACGCGCAGCAGCCCUACGACUCCUGCGACGAAUGCAUGGCGACCGCCCACCCCUCCAGCAAGAUCAACCGCCUGCCCCCCACGCUGCUGGACCAGUUCGAGAAGCAGCUGCCGCUGCACCACGACGGCUUCCACACGCUGCAGUACCCGCGGGCCGGCGGCGCCGAGCCCCGCAGCGAGAGCCCCAGCCGCAUCCGCCACCUCGUCCACUCCGUCCAGAAGCUCUUCGCCAAGUCCCACUCCCUGGAGGCGCCGGCCAAGCGGGACUACAACGGCGCCAAGAUGGACGGCCGCGGGGACGGCUACCACCACCACCACCACCACCACCAUCACCACCACCACCACCAGUCCCGCCACGGCAAGCGCAGCAAGAGCAAGGACCGUAAGGUGGACUCCCGGCACCGGUCCAAGAUGUUGGGCUGGUGGAGCUCCGACGACAACCUGGACAGCGACAGCAGCUACAUGGUGUCGGGUCGGCACGCCGCCGACCAGGGCACCCAGUACUGCGUGGACGCUCCCGAAAGUGCCUUCAGAGACUUGACCUUGAAGAGUCUAAAGGGCGGCGGGGAAGGAAAAUGCCUGGCCUGUGCCGGCAUGUCCAUGUCUCUGGACGGCCAGACGCUCAAGAGGAGUGCCUGGCACACCAUGACCGUCAGCCAGGCCCGGGAAGCCUAUCCCAGUGCUGGUGGCACCGAGAAGACCUUGAUGCUUCAGGAAGCAAAGGCCAAAGACCGAGCAUACCAGUACCUGCAGGUGCCGCAGGACGAGUGGAGCGGGUACCCAGCGGGCAAGGACGGGGAGAUCCCGUGCCGGCGGAUGCGCAGCGGCAGCUACAUCAAGGCCAUGGGCGACGAGGACAGCGCCGACUCGGACAUCAGCGCCAAAGUGCUGCCCAGGGCGGCCACGCGGCGAGACAGCUACCGCCGCUCCUCCAGCGCCGACCAGGCCAGGACCAAGUUUGCAAGUAGGCACUAUUCUGAUUCAUAUAUCUGUAACUGUCCCAGCUGCUGCACGCCACCGCGAAUGCUCCCGCGGGGACAGAGCUACGGGCGCUCCUUCACCACCGGCCAGAUCAACGAUGAGCUCAACCACCAGUUUGAGGCCGUGUGCGAGUCGGUUUUCGGCGAGGUGGAGUCGCAGGCCGUGGAGGCGCUGGACCUGCCCGGCUGCUUCCGCAUGCGGAGCCACAGCUACCUGCGGGCCAUCCAGGCGGGAUGCUCCCAGGACGACGACUGCCUCUCGCUCUUCUCCAUGUCGGCCCCGCCGGGGCCGCCCAUCACCAGCAGCAUCCUGAAGCCCAGCACUUCCUUCAGUUACAGAAAAGCUCCACCUCCCAUCCCUCCAGGAACCAAAGCCAAACCCCUCAUCUCUGUCACGGCGCAGAGCAGCACCGAGUCCACCCACGAGAGUUACCUGCCCAGCGAAGUUUCCCGCAGCUCCGCCUGGUCCAAAGACGCCAAGGCCCGCUGCAACUCUGCCGAGAGCCUGGAGAGCUCCAAGGUGACGGCCGUGGCCCUGGACCUGCCCCCGGUGCAGCCCCGCGCCGCUCCCAAGCCCUCCACCCUCAUCAUCAAGGCCAUCCCCGGCCGGGAGGAGCUGCGGAGCUUGGCAAGGCAGCGCAAGUGGCGCCCGUCCAUCGGCGUCCAGGUUGAGGCCGCCUCCGACUCGGACACAGAGAGCCGGAGCCAGAGGGAGUUCCACUCCAUCGGGGUGCAGGUGGAGGAGGACAAAAGGCGGGCGCGCUUCAAGCGCUCCAACAGCGUGACGGCGGGCGUGCAGGCCGACCUGGAGCUGGAGGGCUUCACCGGCCUGGCCGUGGCCACCGAGGACAAGGCCCUGCAGUUCGGGCGGCCGUUCCAGAGGCACUCCUCGGAGCCCGAGUCGGGCCGGCAGUACGCCGUGUACAAGACGGUGCACACGCAGGGGCAGUGGGCGUACCGGGAGGAUUACCAGCUGCAGUACGACACGGUGGAGGUGCCCCGGCGGGACGCCUGGAUCGAGCGGGGCUCCCGCAGCCUCCCCGACUCCGGCCGCGCCUCCCCCUGCCACCGAGACGGGGAGUGGUUCAUCAAACUGCUGCAGGCAGAGGUGGAGAAGAUGGAGGGCUGGUGCCAGCAGAUGGAGAGGGAGGCUGAGGACUAUGACCUGCCUGAGGAGAUCCUGGAGAAGAUCCGGAGCGCAGUGGGCAGCGCCCAGCUCCUCAUGUCCCAGAAGGUGCAGCAGUUCUACCGCCUCUGCCAGCAGAACAUGGAUCCCAAUGCUUUCCCUGUGCCCACCUUCCAAGACCUGGCUGGCUUCUGGGACCUCCUGCAGCUCUCCAUUGAGGACGUCAGCAUGAAGUUUGCAGAGCUCCAGCAGCUCAAGGCCAAUGGGUGGAAGAUUGUGGAGCCCAAGGAGGAGAAGAAGGUGCCUCCCCCGAUACCAAAGAAGCCGCCGCGCUCCAAGGUGCACCCGGUGAAGGAGCGCUCCCUGGACUCGGUGGACCGGCAGCGGCAGGAGGCCCGCAAGCGGCUCCUGGCGGCCAAGAGAGCCGCGUCCUUCCGCCAGAGCUCGGCCACCGAGAGCGCGGACAGCAUUGAGAUCUACAUCCCCGAGGCACAGACCCGGCUGUGACCGCGGCCUCCGCUUUUCUACCCGGACUGCACGGCGUGGCCGUAGCUCACUGUGAUGGGGGCCGCGGGGACACCCUGGGGCAGCUCUUGGCCCCACUCACAGCUUCUCUCUUUUCUAUCUUAGACCUUUCAUGAUCCGACGGCGGGUGAACGCAAGCCCGGUUCUGCCCCGUCCCUUGACCCCCCCGCCCGCAUGCCCCUGCCAGCCUCUCCUGGGGUCCGGGGCUCUCCCUCCCUCUGCCCUCCCUGGGGCUGUGUCCCAGCUCUCUGUCCCUUUCCCACUUCCCAGCCCUUCUGCACACCCCCCCUUCGUCCCAACCCAAAGAGAGGUGACCCUCAGUGCCCGACCCCGCCGGGCUGGAGGGGAGGGGGCUGCAGGCAGGCCCCCCCCGCCUCUCUGUACUCAGUGCAAUCCCCCGGUGUGCGGCAGGGAUGGACCCCCAGCCCCUGCUCGGCCAGAGCCCCCCAGCCCUGCUCUCAGCCCCGCUGGGACUCAGCAGGGACAAAGGGGUCCCCUCGCUGCUUCCCCCGCCUGCAGCUCAGGUGCAGCGGGGACACAGGGCUCCCUCCCCUAUAUACAUAUAUAAAUAUAACCCAAGGAAUAAACCAGAAACUACACGUGACCAGCGCUGUGUCCUGCCUGGUGGGACGGACCAGCGCAGCAGAGACCCCCGGUCACGGCGAGCCGCCCCGCUUCCCUCGCACGGAGCAUCGCCACGCGCUUCUCCCCUCCCAGCUCAGCCCUCCUUCCCCUCAGCCCACCCCUCAUCUGUCCGUCCUUUCCCUCCUGCCAUCCUGGAGUCUGGGAGCACCUCUGCAGUGUGGCACUAGCCAGGGACAGGGAACACAGACCCCCUGUGCCUCGCUGCAGGUGGGAGACCCUUCCCCGGUGUGUGAGCGAGGCAGCAGCAGUGGGAGACCUGCCCGCAGCCCGUUCCUACCUGCGGUGCCAGGGACCACAGCUGGGUUUGGCACCACUGGCUGGGACGGGAGCGUGGACAUGGCCAGCAGCCACCCCUUGAGCGUGGGGCUGCUAGAGAUCCCCCUGGCGGGUCACUCCUUCUCCCCGAGCUCCUGGUGCCCUGCAGGAUGGGACAACCCAAGAUGGGGCUGUCAUGUACCUGGUGCCCCCUGGGGCCAAGGAACACCCCUGGAUGUGGCUGCUCCCAGCUCCUCCAUCGCUGUGCACAGAGCCUGGAACGGGGUGGGGGGUGCCCCAGUGGUCCCCUGCAGGGCAGAGCAGUGUGGUGGGGCAGGAAGCUGCAUCUGCCCCAUCCCUGUCCUUAUCCCCAUUUCCAGUCCUUCUCCAAGCAUCCUGUGGCCCCCACUGUCCCUUUUGGUGGCAGAAGGGGGAAGGACCCCACCCCUGUCCCUCGCCACGCCAGCAGCCCCACGCGGCAUCACCAGCCACCCCCAAGGCAGGGCCGGUGGGUUCCAGGCAGCUCCCGAAAUCCGGGGCCAAACCUCGCCAGGCCCUCGGGCAGGGCGGUGGGGCCGGAGGCAGCCGGGGGGGCCGGGGCCAAGCAGGAGGACGCCUCGCUGGGGUCCCUCGGUGCUAAACACCUCCGUGACGGCAGCGCCCACUCAGCCACCCAAAGCCCUUCCCCACCCUGCUCCCCCUGCACCUCGGAUUUAGGGAUGUGCCUGGGAAGGGCCCCCCCGGCCCCCCCGCCCGGCCAGCACCGUGCAGUGACCGUGACACGUGGCUCCCUUUUUAUUGUAACGAACCGCCGCAAUUAAUAAAGAUGACUUUGGUUACUCCGGGCCAGCAGCCGCCUCCCCGCGGGGACACGGCCGGCGCCGGGCUCGCCUUU